CGAGAGUGUACGUACUGUUAUAUAGCGUCUCGGCCAGGGACAAAGACAAAGGCUGGCUGGUUCCUCUCGGAAUGCCGCCCAGUCACGUGUCCGUCACAACGACAAACCUUGGGCGAAAAAAAUUAAGAACAAGAUUCCCGAACAGUCAGCCAACGCCGAAUUCGAAGUCAGCGCAAAACUGGGUCGUCGCUGGAGCGCCUUGCAUAUACUGUUGAUUGCCGCUACACUCACUAGUCGAAUGCACCACUGUCCUCUCGGCAAUACCUUCGCGGCUUCUUGUCGCAAUUGAUAUCAUCGUCCUCGUGUGCCGAUCUCCAUACCUGAUCAGUUGACGUACCCCCAUCGGUCAACCCUAGCCUCUGCCUCCCCCGUUUGGCAGAUUGAUGAGGAAUAAAAAGAGAGCGAAAGGGAGAAAACAGAACUUUUGGAAAAUAUAGCAUUCGAUCUCUCCACCUUUCCCUCGGCUUAUUGUUUCAAGUACCAAACCUGCUUCACACGGUGUAUGCUUUUUCCAUGGACUGUGCAGUGUUAAGACUCCUAUUGCCAGAGUACUGCCUUUCAAACCACUAGUACAUAUCUGCAGAUCUGUCUCUCUUUAUAUAUAUAUAUGUUUGGCCCCGCCUGAUGAAAGAGCUUUCCCAAGAUACUCAGGCGAAGCGAGUUACUCGUCCAACGUGCUUUGGCUAGUUUGUGAGAUCGGGGACUCAACCCGUACUGGGUUCUUGACGCGGGUUCCUCACCAUGAGCCUCGGUCCUAGAGAUACAGCUCGAAAUGAAGCUUCGGAAAGGGAAAUGACACCGUUAUCGUCGGGCGAGUCCAAGUCGCGCAUAGAGGACACUCUUCCGCAACCGCCUACUUCUCUCCUCAGACAAACUCGGGACAAGUUAUCGGAACCUGUGACCGCCGCUUUUAUUGCAGGAGGGGUUGCCGGUGCGGUGUCUCGAACGAUAGUUUCCCCUCUCGAGCGAUUGAAGAUUUUGCUUCAAAUUCAGAGCGUCGGCCGAACGGAAUACAAACUAUCUAUAUGGAAGGCUUUGGUCAAGAUAGGUAAAGAAGAAGGGUGGAGAGGUUACAUGCGUGGCAAUGGGACAAAUUGCAUACGCAUAGUGCCUUACUCUGCUGUACAGUUUGGAAGCUACAGUUUUUAUAGAAGGUUCUUUGAACCAACCCCUGGGGGUGAACUUACUCCCUUACGUCGCUUAAUAUGUGGAGGUAUGGCGGGUAUCACGUCUGUCACGUUUACUUAUCCAUUAGAUAUCGUAAGAACGCGACUUUCGAUACAGUCUGCGUCGUUUAGCGAACUGCGCAAAGGACCAGAACAAAAGUUACCCGGAAUAUUCCAGACAAUGCGGUCGAUGUACAAGACCGAGGGCGGCAUCCUUGCUCUUUACCGUGGAAUAAUCCCCACCAUUGCGGGCGUUGCUCCCUAUGUUGGAUUGAAUUUUAUGACUUAUGAGUCAGUACGAAAGUAUCUGACCCCUGAAGGGGACCUUAACCCUAGCCCUUACCGCAAGCUUCUAGCCGGUGCUAUAUCAGGAGCCGUUGCUCAAACAUGCACAUAUCCAUUUGAUGUCCUCCGAAGAAGAUUCCAGGUCAAUACCAUGUCAGGUUUAGGGUACCAAUACACCUCCGUGUGGGAUGCGGUGAGGCUUAUCAUAAAGCAAGAAGGAGUCAGAGGCUUAUAUAAAGGAAUUGUACCGAACUUGCUUAAAGUGGCACCAAGCAUGGCAAGCAGUUGGCUCAGCUAUGAACUAACGCGCGAUUUUUUGGUCGGGCUGGGUGAAGAUAAUAGUGAUUAAAAUGGCUCAAAGCGCGAAUUGGCAACCUGGUCCCGACAUGCACUCCUCGCAUGCCUGGUCAAACACCGAUUGUUAUAAACACUCCGCGCCGCCUAUGGACCCGCUUGACUGUCAAAGAUUUCCUUGACUGUGAUAUCAUGCCAUACAUGUUAGAAAAUUUUUCCCUUCGAUGGCCCACUGUGUUCCAUCUGUCUAUUCCUUUAUUUUUCUUUACCUUUUCACUUUUUGUUUCUCGGAUUUCCUUAUACUUCUCGCAUCUGACGAGCUGAAGAAUUGCUAGAAGUCCACAUCGUUUUAGAGGGGGAAAAAUGAAGAAUUGUCUUUGAAUCCAAUUCCAUAGACAAGUCGUUCGGCUAAUCAAUACAGUGCAAGGGUUGUACAUAUAUCAGCAUAUAGGUACCUAGGUUUAUACCAAAAAUAAAAAUAAAAAAUAAAAAAUAAAAAUAAAAAAAUAAAA